CAAUGGGCCAAUAAACCAAUAACCCUCAACUGAUCGCCCUGCAGCAAAUCUCGUCCGGGUCGCGUCCCCCUCCAUUACUACUGGCGCAUGUGAGCUGCGUGUUUUAUCCCAGCAAGUCCUGCGUCUUCUACGGGCUUUCAUUCCUGUGCUUCCUUUGGUCAGAUUUUUCCCUCGGUCACGCGAAUUUUCUUUGAUCCUCCCUCAAUGGAGCUCUAUCGCUUCCUUAUCUAGCCAGUUACACGACGCGUUUCGCUGCCUCCCCGGAGAUAAUGCCUUGACAUUUUAGAUCCAUUCGAUUGGGAAUCGCAAAAGGAUCGUCGAUAUCGUUGAUUUCCCAUCAUGCUGGCCUCUCUGCUUCGUCCCAAAAAACGUCGAGUCUACGCCGAACGCUCGCCCUUCUCCUCCCCGUACACCCCCCGAGAGUCGCCCUGGCCUUUUCUCCAGCGGAAUCCUGACGACGAAGGAAGAUACAAUGGCGAUGGCGGAAGGAUAUAUGACGAAUCGGAAGAUGCUGGACCUCGCGACGAGGACGAAGAAACUGAGGAAGAGGAAGAUGGUCCUAUCGAAACCACCCCUCUCCUGCCGAUCUUUUCGGCCUCGCACCUAGAUACGCUGCCCGUUUAUGAUGUCACACAUGCCAUUCGAUCGCUGAUUAUCGCUCGCUGCGAAACCACGUUGUCCUGGGAUCAAUUGCGCUCGCCUCAGAUCUCCCAAUUCCUCGUCAAGCCGAUCCAACAAAAGAUUCAAGCCUACCACUUCUCCCGGGCUACGUUGUACGCCCUGAUGACGAACUGCCUGCAGUUCACCAAAGAAAUCCAACUCAAUCCCGGAAACAGUGGCGCCAGCCAGACCAGAGCUAUUGUGAGCGAACUUCUAGCCAUCAAGCUUCUCAGGGAGUAUGACACGCGAGAGUUGAUCGAUGCUUUAUCGUAUGAGUUCUACCCGCUCCAGGGUCUUUCUUCCACCGGGACGGAGAGCUCCCAUCGGGCCCAAGGCUGGCAGGCCUCUCAGGCCAGUAAGCGGCUCGCUGGAGCUGCCCGAAUCUCUUGUCUCGAGAUAGCCAUCCGUGCCCAAGCCAAGCGACUACUAUCCCACCCGCUUGUUGUACAGCAGCUGGAAGCGAUAUGGGCAGGAACAGUGGUCUUCCACUCUGCAGCCGACCAUCUUCAUCGAUCCGCGGCUCAAGCUCGCCCUAAUGGAACCGUAAAUAACAAUACCUUUGCGACCCAAUCGAGCCCCAAGGGGUCGGAGUUACGGCGCUCGGUGACGCUCUAUGACCCAAGGGAUGCUUCUUUGUUCAAGCUGUCCAGAUUGCGGGUACCUCGGUACAGACAGUUCCUGUCAACCUUGUCCUUCGCCGUGUUGCUGGUUUUGUUCCUUGCCGUUUUGCAAGAACGACGCGUGGACAUCACAGCUCUGGAAGUUCUGUUCUGGUUCUGGAGUGCAGGCUUCUUGCUGGAUGAAGUCGUGGGCUUCAACGAACAAGGAUUCAGCCUGUAUUUGAUGAGCUUUUGGAAUCUGUUCGAUCUGGGGAUUCUGUUUCUCUUAUUUUGCUACUACUGCUUACGUCUCUAUGGAGUUUUCCUCCCAUAUACCCGCGCACCUGCAGUCGCAAACCAGGCCUACGACAUCCUGGCGGCAAAUGCUGUGCUUUUAUUCCCUCGACUUUUUUCGAUUUUAGAUCACUACCGUUACUUCUCCCAACUGCUCAUCGCCUUCAGAAUAAUGGCCUCCGACUUGGUGGCUGUAUUCUUCCUGGUCAUCGUUGCAUGCAGUGGCUUUUUCGUUGCUUUCACCUUGUCUUUCGGCAGCGGGGAGGUCCAUUCGCCCGGGUCUGUCGCAUAUGCGUUGUUCCAGAUGCUCAUGGGUUUCACCCCAACGGCUUGGAGUCUCUGGGAGGAAUACAACGUUUUGGGAAAGACUAUACUAACAAUCUUCCUUUUCAUCUGUCAUUUUGUCGUUGUCACCAUUCUCAUUACCGUUCUUACCAAUUCGUUCAUGGGGAUCGUGCAAAAUGCCAACCAGGAACACCAGUUCUUGUUUGCCGUCAAUACGAUCUCCAUGGUCAAAUCGGAUGCUCUUUUCUCCUACGUGGCACCGGCCAAUAUUUUCGCCUGGCUGAUCGCGCCUCUACGUUACUUGAUGCCUUUCCGGGAGUUUGUGCGGAUAAACCGCACCAUCAUCAAGGUCACCCAUCUGCCCAUUCUCUUUACCAUCUGUUUCUACGAGAAGGUCAUUCUUAGCUCCAAAGUCUUUGACUCGACAGAUCUUAUUGAUCCGCACGCCUCCGAAGGCCGUGAGCGCUCUCGACCUUCCCGUCAAGGUCGCUUCAGGGCUUUCAGCUCCCAGGCUGCUCGACUUGUGCGAGAGCCAUCCGUUGCAACUUAUCAGAAAGACCGUGCUUUGGACGAGGUCUUCCGACGGGUAUCGCACGAGGGGACAGCUCGAAACCCUGCCAGGAGAUACAACCAGAGGACAAGCACCAAUCUUGUCAAUACCUGGAUGCAAGACAUGGGUUCUGAGCCGGUCAAUCCGCCCGACGAGCAAGAUUCCGACGAAGUGAGCAGACUGGAAAGAAUGCCUCGGAGAUUUCAGCAUCCAUUCAAGAGGAGACUCACCCGGAGUUUGCGCAACUUUACGGAGUCCAACCGAUCGGCUAUAUCAAACCCCGAAGAGCAGGCCGGACGCGUGGUGUCUUCUCCUGCUACACCUCGCCAUACUCGGGAAUUUUUGACCCCCAACAGGAAGAGGCAACUCUCGCGGCAUACUGGCAUGGAAGGUGAUGACGAACUCACCAGCGACGACAACGGCUGGGUUGAUGAGCAGCAAUCCAAUGAUGAUCGUACAAUAUCUCAGGACAAUGAUUCUCAAACCGAGGGUGUAAGCCCCGGAAAAACAACGCCGAAGUUCUACAGCUCUCGACCGUCCACGGCCCGCAUGAAGUCAUGGAAAACGAGCCCAAAUCGACGCGCCAGACAUCAUACCCGGAAUUACUCGGUCGCCACUAUCCUGUACAACCCCGUGAGCAACGACGGAGAGGCCAGUGUCUCGUCUAUCCCCAUCAGACCCAGGGCUAAGACCCCGGAGGGCGAAGUCGCAGCCGUUUCAAAUUCCGUUGACCGAUGGACCCCCAGACGGCACAGCAUGGACACUGGUCGGAGUCGAAUCGCCACCAUGGCCCGGUCUAACCCCAUGUCUGUUCCAGACUUUGGCAGUGUCUUGGUUCCCAACGCCGAGCGGAGACAGCGUCAUCGCCCGUCUAUCUUGGAUGGGUUGGGAUCGGAUUUGGGAGACAACAAGGCGAUUGCGAAUGGUUUCGUUGGAGGGGUGCCUUCCAGCUUGACGACCCAGAUGGUCUACGCAACCGGUGGCAUCCGCCGCGCAGAGAGUUCCAACAGCAGUCAGGACUUGCUCAGCAAGCUCGUGCUCGCUCGCAUGAACAACAUCGAAGAGGGAUUCCGAGAAGUCAUCAAGGAAGUCAAGGACAUGCGACGUGAAGGGACCAGCCGAAGUCAAAGUCGUCCUGAUGAGCUGCGGGUAAACCAACGAGAGAAAAAGAGGCGAGGGGAUAAGAAGGACGCAAAGAAGAAGACCAAUGGUUCUCGGGGCAGCAAUGUCAGCAACGAUGAAAAGUCAGAGGUGCCAUCUGGAGACUCACAGCAGCGUGAUACACAGUUUGGCCUGGAGGAGUAGGUAUCGAAUUUCCCUAAUUUUGCGUGUAUGGUGCAGCUGUCUGAUUAUGUAUACUGAUUUUGUCUUCUAAUUGUUUUCAUGGCGAUUUUUCUAUGUUGUUUGCACAUAAAACAUUUGGGUGGCUGUUUCAUCGAUACAGUUCGCUAUUGAUACCCUUGAUGUUUGUUUAAGCAGGUUGUUUUCGCCAGAGUCUAGAUUUCUUGGUCAAUUAAUUAGUACAUAUUUAUUUCCAUAAUGA